AGUUGGUCAUCACAAAUUGAAGAGUCUAGAAGACGCACAAAAAAACGCACGGAAUAAGAAAAUUGGUACGAAAUUGUGCUCUUAAAAUUUUAAAAUAGAUAUUAAUCAACAUAAAAAUUACCACCAAAAUGGAUAUUUACCAAGUGACGGGUUUAAGAAAACCAGAAUUUGUUGAACGCAUUGAAAAAUACUGUGAUUUGGAUGAACCAACCAAGGAAUUGAUACAGGCAGCAAUUGUUGCACAAAAAAACGCUUACGCUUUAUACAGUCACUUUUACGUUGGUGCAGCUUUCCGCACGAUAGACGGCCGCAUCUUUGCCGGUUGUAAUAUUGAGAAUGCAAGUUUUACACCAACUACAUGUGCCGAACGUACAGCCCUAAGUAAGGCCGUUAGCGAGGGUUACAAUGAAUUCGUUGCCGGUGCAGUAGUCGCUUAUCAAGAGGAUGCCUUUACAACACCUUGUGGCGUAUGCCGGCAAUUCAUUAUGGAGUUUGCGCCAAACGACAUACCGCUUUUCAUAACAAAAUCACAAGUCAAUGUGGAGAAGGCCAACAAUGAUUUGGUACUUGCCACAUCCAUUUAUAAUCUGCUGCCUCAUGGUUUUCGCACGUUCAAGAAGAAUUGAUAAAUCGUGUGGACAUGCAAAGAAAGCAAUUUAUUAAUCAAUACAAAAUGUAUGUACAUAUGGAAGUAUGUGCUUGUGUUGUAAAUGUUUUAUCAAUGGACCUCACUAGUAAAUGGUUGCAAUUGUAGUAAAUAAUGUGGAUAUUCACUGUUUUAUUUAUGUAGUAGAGU